AUGUCCUGCCUCAAACCAAGACCUCCUUUCCUGGGGCUUCCCCCAAGCCUCCUCUUGCUGGGAGCUCUCAUCCUGGUGGCAUCAGCCCUGGAAGCAGUCAAUCUGGUGGAGUUCUGUGACCAGAUCCUCCAGGGGGAUGGGAUGAUUGUCCGCUCCCAUCCAGAUUCCCGGAAAUUCUACUUUGUGGCUGUUGAAACAGACUGCUGGCUCACUGUGCAGGCUGCAUCUCCCCAAGACAGGGUCCUGUUCCAGUUCCGUUUCUUUCUGGUAUACAGCCUGACCCAGCCUCCACCUUCUGAGCUGCCCCAGACAACCACCUCUGGGCUCAGCCAGCCCAGUGAGGAUCUCUGCACCAGUAGCUCCUAUCUGCAAUUCUAUGAUGGCCCAGCCAAGGAAGGUCCCCGCCUUGGGAACCCAUUAUGUGGACUGACCAUCCCAGGUCCGGUCGUGUCCACAGGCAGAUCCCUGAGCCUGCGCCUAGUGACGAGGGGCCAGCUGCCCAGGGUAGAUUUCGUCGGGGACUUCACCUCAUUCCGAUUAGCUCUCCUGAUCCCAGGCUCCAGCAUCUCCACCUGUGGCCCAGGCCUCUACUUCCUCUGCCGUAACAAGAGGUGCAUCCCCCAGAGCCUGGUGUGUGACACCUGGGACAUCAACAACUGUGGGGAUGGCAGUGACCAGACAUCCCACCCCCCUGCCAGCUGCAGAGCCCUAUGAUGUAGACAGAGCAGAGGAGGAAAUGCAGGCCCCAAGAGAUGGAGUAAAAGUGGAUGUUCUGGAAAGGGGGAUGACCUUGGAGUCAGGAUGCGAAAUUGAAUCUGGGAUCUACCAUUUAUCCCACUAUGACCCUCUGACCCUGCCCAAGUGUUGGCCUCAUCUCCUCUUUGACCCCCCGGUACCUGGGGACCUUUUUAAGGAGGUCUCCUGGGUCACACAGUUACAAGGAAGAACUGCUGCUUCUAUAUGAGGGGCCAAAGUCUGAGGUCAAAGGUUGGUCUGAAGAGUCUCUGUAGGGUCUUCUCCCUCAGUGGUCUUGAAUGACAUUUUAGCACUUUAAUGUUUACUAAGAGCUUUCCUCACGGCAGAAAGAACUAUCACCUCCAUUUUCCAGAGGAGGAAACUGAGGCUCAGAUAAAAGUAACAUCCCUGGUCA